AACAAUUCCUUCUCUUGUCUGCUAUUGCUCAUCUUUUUUUGUACAUAAAUAAAGUGUGUCAAUGGCAGAGCACUGAGAUUCUCCACCACCACUCCACAGACAGAGAGAUUACCCCCCUCCCCCCCUUCCUCAUCUUCCUCCCCUCCACUCUUUCCCCGCGGACAUAGUACAGAGCAUAACACAGACCCAAAAGAACAGAGGAGAAAGAGGGGGGAAAUAAAGGGGGGAAACUUUGAGGGGUUCGUGCUUUGUUGUAAGUGUGGCGGUGGGAAUGAUCCUCAUCAUUCUUCAUCUUCUUCUCAUUCAUAUAUCCUCGAUUCAUCCAAGCUAUUGACAUUUGACACGAACCCAGCAAGUUCUUCCAUGUUGGUACUUACCCAGUUGAAGAAGCAUUCGAUUCGAUUUGCUAUUGCUGCUGAGGAUUGCUGAAGCCAAACGGCACAGGAAUUUGAAUAAAUAAAUCCACAUGGGUGCUCUGUUCUUCUUCCUCUGCCGCGGUGUCCAUUCCUUCACUUUGCUAUUGGGACUUGGCUCCGCUCUUUUACUCAUCACCACUUGCAGAGGUGCCACAUUCACGUUCGUGAACAAGUGCGACUCCACGGUGUGGCCGGGGAUACUGUCCAGUGCGGGCAGCCCGAAGCUGGGCAGCACUGGGUUCGAGCUCAAGAAGGGAGGCUCCCGGUCCUUCCAGGCCCCGACAGGGUGGUCGGGACGCUUCUGGGGCCGAAGCGGCUGUGAUUUCGAUGGUUCGGGCCAGGGGUCGUGCUCCACUGGGGACUGCGGCUCUGGUGAGGUUGAGUGCAAUGGUUCCGGUGCCACCCCUCCGGCCACCCUCGCCGAGUUCACCCUCGGCUCCGGCUCUCAGGACUUCUACGACGUCAGCCUUGUUGAUGGCUAUAACUUGCCGAUGAUCGUCGAAGGCACGGGCGGUUCAGGAAGUUGUGCAACUACCGGAUGUGUAACGGACUUGAACCGGCAGUGUCCGGAGGAGCUGAGGUCGGGGGAUGGGACUGCAUGUAAGAGCGCUUGCGAGGCUUUCGGGAGUCCCGAGUACUGCUGCAGCGGUGCCUACAACAAUCCAUCCUCUUGCAGGCCCUCCCCCUACUCCCAGAUCUUCAAGGCUGCUUGCCCCAAGUCUUACAGCUUCGCCUAUGACGAUGCCACGAGCACCUUCACGUGUAGCGGGGCCGACUAUACCAUCACGUUCUGCCCCAGCUCAACGAGCUUGAAAUCUUCGACGGAUUCCCCUCCUCCUCCUCCGAAAUUAACUGGGACGGCAAAUGACGACGACUCGCCAAGGACGGAAUCGGAAUCCGGGACAGACUCUACCCCGAUCCAAGAUUCCGCAUAUGCCACUUCGUGGCUUGCCAGUCUGGCCACAGGUGACUCCACCAGACUCCCUCGGCCUCCGCUGGCCACUCAACUAACGGUCUCCUUAUUCCUCCUCUUGGUCUCCCGAGAAAUUCUUAGGUGAUCCUUCCUGGCAUUUCCGAGGCAGAGAGCAAACAGAGGAAAUGAUCUAAGAAAUAUGUUAGGAGGGCACUAAUUCAUUGUCUAAUAUGGCAAAAUCCAACCACAGAUUGUAGGAAAGAAACAUGUCUCAGUUGCCCAAAUUCUGCAUAAUUAAUGAAUGAUGAAUACAAGAAUGUAAUGUUCCUCGAAAGCACUGAAAGUUGUUUUCUUGGCCCCUCUUGACAGCAUUGCCUUGUCUGUCUAUGCCUUAAAUUAUUGGUUUGCUA